GAACAAUCCAGCAAUUUAAAACUGAAUAUUCGUGUUGCACAUCUUGUAAACAGUACGCACUGUCGACGCGGUAGAGUAGCCGGUAUGAACACUGAACCUGAGGUUUAAGGUUCAGGUCAACUGUUGUCAGUAUUGAGAGGUGACAGUAUGAUGCGUCUAUAGUGAAAUUAAAAUAAAGGUUUCAAAAUGAUGACUGUAGCCUAUGUGACCUUUGUUGGUCUAGCAGCAGUAUGUGCAGUGCUGCAGCUUUGGGCAUACUACAUCCGCAGGGAUGCAGCAGCAGUGGGCAACAACCCUCAGUUCCUCAAGUUCCAACGCGGUUACUUUGCAGUGUAUCUUGUGGCUAUGUUUGCCGACUGGCUACAAGGACCAUAUUUGUACAAAUUGUACAGCUACUACGGAUUCUUGGAGGAGCAAAUAGCUGUCUUGUAUGUGUUUGGCUUUGCAUCCACUGUUUUAUUUGGAUCCUGGACUCCCAUAGCUGCUGAUCAGUUCGGAAGGAAGAAGCUAUGCAUCAUCUUCACGGUGACCUACUCCCUGGCCUGCAUGCUAAAACUUUCCCGCAGCUAUGGUGUUUUAAUGAUCAGCAGGGUGCUGGGAGGAAUGGCAACAUCUGUUCUGUUUUCAGCAUUUGAGGCAUGGUAUGUUCAUGAACAUAUGGAGACACAUGACUUUCCCAAAGAAUGGAUUCCUCUGACAUUUGCCAAGGCAUCAUUAUGGAAUGGCGUUCUUGCUGUUAUUGCAGGAAUUGCAACAAAUGUGAUGUCAGAAUGGUUUAGACUGGGUCCAGUUGCCCCCUAUAUGAUGGCUGUUCCAUUUCUUAUCUUUGUUGGCAUUAUCAUCUCCACCCACUGGAAUGAAAACUACAGUCUUAGCAGAGUCAGGUUCAGAAAACUUUGCCAUGAGGGACUGAAGAAAAUAGUGUCAAGUGAGAAAAUCUUUAUGCUUGGUGCAAUUGAAGCACUUUUUGAGAGUGUCAUUUAUACAAUCAUCUUUUUGUGGACACCCAUUCUGGAGCCUGCAGGACCUUCGCUGGGAAUAGUCUUCUCAAGUUUCAUGGUGUGCAUUUUAAUUGGACAAGCAGCAUUCCAGAUCUUGUCAUCACGUGGCGUUCCAGUGAUUUUUCUACUUGUAUUUGCAUCAGCUCUUGCUCUUAUUUCUAAUGUGAUCUGCGUUUUCUCGACACAUCCAAAGAACCAACAUACAAGUGCAUCCUUCAUUGGUUUUCUUCUGUUUGAGUUUUGUGUGGGACUGUAUUUUCCAUCCAUGGGGUAUCUUCGUCUGCGGGUGAUCCCAGAUGCCUACCGGUACCCAAUCACAAACUGGUUCAGAGUUCCAUUGAACUUGAUUUCAUGUGCUGUACUUAUGCUGCUUCAUGAAGAUGUCUUUCGCCAUGGCAACCGAAAUAUCUUUGUGAUCUGUGUGGGCCUGUUGCUUCUGGCUUUGAUGUGUGCUUAUCGGCUAAUGAAACUCCCAAAAACUGAAGAGGAAGAACACCAGGAGAAAAUGAUAAUGGAGAUUGAGCACAUCCACAAUAUUUUUUAAUUCUUUUAAAAAAAAAUUCAAGUGCCUGUUUGUUGAGGGAAAAACAGCUAGUGCUUACAUAGUGCUUGUUGGUUGUUUUAAUUAGUGUCAUAAAUUUUUUAAUGAUUUUGUUGUUGGUGGUGAAUGUGUGUUAUUGUGAUGCUACUGUUUGUAUAAUAGUUGAUCAUCUGAUGCAGGGACCAGUUUUAAAAGGUGCAAUUAAAAAAAAAAUCAAAUAUCCCUGUGUGUUUGUGUGUGUGUGAGAGAGAGAGAGUAGUGGAGAGGAUGUGGUAGAGUGAUUGGGUCAGAGAGGAGUUAAGUUGGUGGUAGUAAUUAAUAGAGAGUAAGAGUGAUAAAAUUUUAAGGCUUGACACCCAUUCCUUUUUUUAUCCCUUUAAAAAAAAAGUACUGGAAGGGUGUGUGCCAUUUCUUAACUUACAAUUGUUGGAUCAUUCAAAAGUUUACAUUUUUGUCUGCAUCUCUUAUCACGGUAUUGAGUAGAAUCUAGACACAAGUGUUUACAAUGAUGCUGUUGUUUGGUCAUCAUGCAUGUUAUUGUAGAAACUAUUAUCAACUGAAAGCAGCUGGAGGGGGUGAAGUUGCAACUUUGUGGUGAAACUGAACUAUGUUGUUUGGUGACUUAAUGAUGAGACUUAAAUUCAUGUUAUAACUGAAUCUUAAUAUAAAUGAGAUCUAACAAAGUGUUAUGUUGUUCAAAAGUAUUCAGACUGUAAGGCAUUGGUGUCAACAACCACACAUCAACUGGAUGACAUUAUUUUAGGGCUUUUUUGUUUAAAACGAUGAUCUGAGUGCAAAUUUAUUUUGAAAUCAUUCAAUCAAUUGAAAGAUGCUAACUUCUAAGAUCUGAGCAAAAAAGUCAUUUCCAUUUACCAUUCAUAAGAUACUUCAAAAGCCUUUGAACAAUGUUCUACUUGGGUUUUUGAAAUUUGUCAAGACUUAUUUUCUUUGACUGAAAAACUAGUCUUUGAUUUGGUAACACCUCAUUAGCAUGUUCUCAACAUUUCUCAUUAUUAGCUCCAGCCUUCGGUGACACCAGACUAAAAUUUGUACUUAUUGGUACUCAGGAAAAAAAAUUAAUUAAAAGUUACAUUUUUGCAAUGAAGUAAUGACAACUUUAUUUUGCUAAAUUUCCAUCCACUUCAAGCUUAAAUUUGUUGCUUUGGGUUAGCCUUUAAAAUAACUGCCAGAAAAUAUUUUACAAUUCGGACUUGUGUUAGAAUGGAAUCUGAAAUCUUUGUGUUGAAAUCAUUGUACUGUGCAACAGAUCACUUUGUUGCAGCUGUUGUGCAUCAUCAUUAAAUUUGUUUUUAUUUAUAUAUACUGCAUAUUUCUUUACAUGGAUAAGGCCAGUAAUAUAAAACAUUAGAAACAUUAAAUGAACACAAACACUACACAUUUCACGUUAAGUGAUCUUUGAGAAAAGAGUAAGACAUAAAUGCUUAGCUAUUAUGGUUUUUUGGAAAUAAACAUUUUUUUAAUGGAGAAACAUAAUACAUUUUACUUUUGACCUUUAAGUUUCCAAAAUUCUUGCCAUGAUGUGUCACUGUGUAUACAUAUGGAAGGGUGCAACUGCAUGCUUACAUUUGAUUCCCAUGGAUGAAUGUACAUGGAUGACGUAUAGGUUUGUUUGUGCACGCAUGCAAAUCUGCAUUGUAAAAAUUCACAUUGUAAAAUGAAUAAAUCAUUAAAUAUUGAUGUAGUCCAUCAUUUUCUGGUAUUAUAUUUAUUGCUUAUUUGUCCAUUUUUAAGAUGGGAAGAUUUACUGAUAAUUAUUUCACUCUUCUUUGCAUGGCAGAAAAUAUCGUCAUAAAUAAUGAGUUUUUAGGAAAAAUUAAAAAAGGCAAUGAUGGUAUACAAAUUAUUUAAGCUGUACAUUAUAAACUGCUAAAAAUUGAUCACCUUUCAAAUGAUCAUACUUUGUAAGCAUAAUGCAAAUGACCUGCAAUAUUUCCUGUCGUCUAGCACAGAAAGAAUAUUCCUCGGUGCAGAAGAUGUGUUAAAGCCUAAUUAAUUUUAUUGAAAUCAGUCUCAAAGAAAAUUUAUUAAAUAACAUUAUGGUCAAUGUAAUUUUCCAAACCAAUCAUAUUUGGAGUUACAGGUCACCUAAGCAUCAUCAUCAGAAUGUUAAAAUGUGUAUAUGCUUAAGCAUGAACAGUACUUUUGAGCUGCAUUUUCAGUGAACAGACUUCAAAAAGUGCAUACAGUACAUGUAUCACUGGCUUUAUUUCUGUUGCAUCAUUUGUAUAAUAAGCUGGAUUUUCCCCCUUUAAUAUUGAAUUACACGUGAACUUCAAUACACGGUUGUGAUGCUAAUGUUUUCUUCCGCAAUUUGUAAUUUUAUUCAAAUCUCUAUGAUUUUUCUGUGAAAUGAAUGUCAAUGUUACAGAUAUUAAAGAAGGCAGAAAGCCCUAUGUAUAAACUAUUUAGCAGAGGGAUCUUUGAUGUGAUAAUCCCCACAAUUAUGAAAAAAGGAUGACAAAAUAUUUGACUGUUUGCUCUGAAUUAAUGUGUCUAAAACUGGUCAGUUUUGACUGAACUUGUGGAUGAGACCUAAUCUCCAUUUUACUUUCUUGGGUAGAAACUUUGCAAAGAACAUAUGUGUGCGCGCACAAGAGAGAUAAUAUAAACUAAGGCCUUACAUUUUAUGAAAGCAUGUUUACGAAGUUUGUGAAUGUUUCUAGUUUAGUAGUUUGACAUGAUUUGUGUGUGCAGGAAUAAGCAAAUACAUCUAUGAGUGUGCAUCAAAGUUGUCUUGGCUUAGAGCAAAAGGCAAGUCAGCCAUUGUACUUCAGCAUUUAAAAACCAAACAACUAUUGGUUGUUCUUAGAUUCUUGAAAAUUUUCAUAAGAAAUAACCCAUAUUAUGAACGCUUAAGGUGUUAACAUCAAUCCUUAUAUAGUUUGAGGAUGGUGGGGCAGUGAGUGGUUAAGGGCUCAUCUCCAGUCUAGUGAGCUCAGACAUCCUGGGUUUAGAUUUUACAUGGGUCGGCUUGCUUUGGCAUGAUAUAGUCUUAGCUGCUGGCUUAGUGUGUAAAACACCCAUCUCCCUUUCACCCCAAAAGAGUGAGAACAAGAUCUUACAGCUGCUUUACUUAGUGACAAGAGUAGAAACCAGUUAUAACUGAUCAAUUGUGACUUGUUAUCGACGUCGCAACUACCUAGCUUCUUGUGAGUCCUUCCCCCCUCCCCCACAUCACUGUCUUAUUACUGUCAACUGCUUUUGUAAAGAUAUUAUCAGAAUGGUAUGCAAAAUUCUUGCUAUGGCUGAAGUGUUUACUUUCUUUCGAACAUUCAUUUUGGUUUUUGUAUUCAAAUGUUGCUAAGCAAUAUUGAAUAAUGGAAAAGUGAGUGCUCAAAUCCUGUUCCACUGUGGGGGGAAAGCAAGGUUUUCAGAUGAAAAUAUUGUUGAGGGUUUCUAAUUUUAUUGUAAUAUUGAGAAAAAUAAAUUGGAUUGACCUAACAUCAGUUGUUUGCUAUGAUGUGCUAUAGCAGUUUAUAUAUACAUGUAUAUGUAUAACUGCCUGAGUGUAUGAGGUGUAAUGGUAAUCCCUUCAGUUUCUUAGGUAUAUUUUCUCCGUUGACUGUGGGAGCUCCCAGCAACAAAGACAAAUUUCUCUGUCUGGUCGCAACAGACAUAGACAAUAAAGAUGUCUUGUAUCUUG